GCGCUGCUCCUGCUAGGACUGCUCCUCAUAGGGGAUCAUAUAUUUUCGAAAAACACAAGUCGGAUAAAAAGGAACAGUCUCUCCCAACUUGCUACCCGAGUCUGCUUUGACAUUUUCCCACGUAAAAAGGGCUGCGGGGAGAUGGAGAGUGAAAUUAGGGGUGACAUGAAGAGGACCGGAAGACCUGAAGAGUAUAAUUCUCUGUAAAGAAACCAGCAAGGUUUUGCCAUUACCUUCAGCACUUUAUGGGGACCCUCUCUAUGCCUGAAUCAUCCAGAAUGAAUUCUGGAAUGGAAUAAGAUCUAAGCCAAUGGAGUCCCAUGAAGGAUACUGUUCCCUAAUACUGCAAUGGAGUGAAAAGAGACGGUCGCUGGACCAUACACAACCCUAGGGUCCUGGACCUAGAGAGACGCUUGUAAUCUGUGGAUCUGAGGACUCGAGUGUUCGAAUGACCUGCAUUUCUUUGAAAUCCAUUUUAAUUUGCAAAUAAAAAAAUAAAGAUAUUUUGAAAGAUAAUAACUAUGAAUUUUAGUGUCAAUCAGCUCCAAUAGUUUGGAGUUAGUGGUGAGAUACCCAAGGUUUUUAGUAAGAUUUUAACCUUGUUUUACCAGUUGCAUCCCAAAUUGACCUUGAUAAUGAUACCAAGGCCAUUUCAAUGGUUAUAGGUCCCACGAUCUUCUACUCAAAGGAUCUUGUCCAUUGCAGGAUUUCCCAAAUGAAUGUGUUUGAAUAAUUUCAAAAAAAUACCAUGUAUGGAUUGAAAUGGUCAAUUUGAAUUCUCAGGGAGUUUUGUAUCAAUAUCAGGCCCACUCCCUUUGACGCCAUACUUGUUUUAGAGAUUGUGGAGCUCCCGUCAACGACGUGAAACUGUGCUACCCAUAAAGCAUAUGGGAAAGCUAGUCUUGGAAAUCUCCAAUGGAGUUUUCCCUUGUACAGUAAAAAAAGACAUCUCUGUUACCAGAAUGGAUUUGAUACCAGUGUAGACAGACAGUGGAUAUACGUCUGGAAAAACUCAAUGGCGAAGAUCACACGGGAAAGAUAAGUCUGUUUUCAAAAUGAUUUGUCAAGUUUCUUCUGCAAAGAGAAAAAACAUUCUGCAGUCUUUCUAAAUUCACCGAAUCAUGGCGUGUCAUGACAUGCCCUGCAUCCUGCGACGGAAUUAUUUAAGACAAUUGAAUACUCAAGAAUCUUGUGAAUGAAUCCAAGAGUCCUAGAACAGAAAUCUUGGUUGUCCUUGGUGUGUUUGUUCUUCAACAUUGCUGGCUUGAGGACUCUUUUCACCUCUCCGGUAAUCUCCGUCAUAUGUAGAGCCAAUCAGGAUUUUCCAAAAUGGCUACCUGUUGGAGACUGGGAGCUUGUAGCCUGUUGGUGGCCCUUUGGCUUUUGCAUUGCUGUAGUUGUGGAUGGUCAGAGACCACAAGGACUAAUGGCGUGGCCAAGGGUGAAACGAAGGAGCAGGAGCUCAUGUCCCAUGAACGAGUGAAGAGAGGAUGGGUGUGGAACCAAUUCUUUGUGGUGGAGGAGUACACAGGCACGGAACCACUCUACGUUGGAAAGAUACAAGAUGUGUUAGACUCAGUUAAACCCACACUCUGUGAGAUGUGCAUGCCACCAAACAGUGGGCCACCGACAAAAAACAUCCACACAGAUUCGGACGAGGGCGAGGGGAACAUCAAGUACACCAUCUCCGGGGAAGGGGCGGGCACGAUCUUCAUCAUCGACGAGCUGACGGGCGACAUCCACGCCACCGAGCGAUUAGACCGCGAGGAGCAGAGCUACUACACCCUCAGAGCUCAGGCCCGGGACCGGCUCACCAACCACCUGCUGGAAUCAGAGUCAGAGUUUGUCAUCAAAGUCCAGGAUAUCAACGACAGUGAACCCAAGUUCCUGGAAGGGCCCUAUAUCGGGAGUGUGGGAGAGCUUUCACAAAUAGGAACAUCGGUGAUGAAGGUCACUGCGUCGGAUGCAGAUGAUCCUACAUACGGGAGCAGUGCCAGGGUUGUGUACAGCGUGCUGGACGGAGAGAGGUUCUUCACAGUGGACAGACAGACAGGACUGAUUCGGACGGCCGUGGCAGAUCUGGACCGGGAGAAGCAGGAUCGCUACGAGCUGGUCGUCAAGGCAACCGACAUGGCAGGCCAAAUGGGCGGUCUCUCCGGCUCCACCACAGUGACCAUAGUUAUCACAGAUGUUAAUGACAACCCACCACGCUUUCCACAGAAGAUGUACCAGUUUUCAAUGUCUGAGGGGGCAGCCGUGGGGACGCCGGUGGGGAGGGUGAUCGCCACGGACGCGGACAUGGGGGAGAACACAGACAUGAGCUACCUGAUCAAAGAUGAGGAGGGCGGGGAACUCUUCAAAGUCACCACCGACAGUGACACGCAAGAGGCCAUCAUCACCAUCAAAAAGGCAUUGGACUUUGAGAGCAAGCGCACACACAAUGUGGUGGUGGAGGCUGUCAACAAGCACGUAGACCCCCGCUUUUCGGAGCUGGGUUCUUUUCGGGACCAGACCAUCGUGCGGGUCAGUGUAAACGACAUUGAUGAGCCGCCUGUCUUCCACCCUGCUGAGGGAACCAUCUUGGAGGUCCAGGAGGAUGCUAGGCUAGGGGCGCUGGUGGGCACUGUGACUGCCAAGGAUCCGGACAUGGAGAACGCGCCUGUCAGGUACUCUAUUGACCAGAGUACGGACCAGGAGCAGAUCUUCCACAUUGAUCCAGUUUCGGGUGCCAUCACGCUGGGCAAUAUUCUGGACCGAGAGACGGCUGGCUGGCACAACAUUACUGUGAUGGCAGUGGAAGCAGAUAAUGUAUCCCAGAUAUCCCAUUCGUCAGUGAGCAUUCGUAUCCUGGAUGUGAAUGAUAACCCUCCUGAACUGGCCACGCCCUAUGAGGCAUCCAUCUGUGAGGAUGCCAAGCCGGGUCAGCUCAUUCACUCUAUCAGCGUGGUGGAUAGGGACGAGCCGCAGUUGGGCCACCGCUACUACUUCACCCUGGCACCGGAGGCCACCAACAACCGCCACUUCACCCUGUGGGAUGUCAAAGACAAUACUGCGGGAAUCCGGACACAGCGCUCAGGCUUCAACCGCCACGAGCAGAACGUCUACCUUCUGCCUAUCCUGGUAGUGGAUAGCGGGCCUCCCGCCCUGAGCUCCACGGGCACCUUGACCAUCCACGUGUGUGGCUGUGACCCGGAGGGCACCAUCCAGUCCUGCAAUGCCACCGCCUACGCCAUUAGCACCUCACUCAGUCCCGGGGCCCUCAUAGCCCUACUGGUUUGCAUGCUCAUACUCAUUGUCCUGGUGCUGCUAAUCCUGACCCUGAAGCGUCACCGCAAGGGCCAGAGCAUGUCGGAGGAUGAGGAGGACAUGCGCGACAAUGUCAUCAAGUACAACGACGAGGGUGGCGGCGAGCAGGACACGCAGGCCUACGACAUGAGUACCCUGCGCAACCUCUUUGACUUUCCAGAGACCAAGGGUAGCUCGUCCGAGUCAGGCCCUGAACUACGCACGCUGCCCCAGUGGAUUCAGGGGCGGAUGAGUGGUGACGGGGAGGCGGCCGACUUCUCCCUCUUCAAGGGCUACAUCCGCAAGAAGGUGGAGCAGACAGAUGGCGACCUGUCGGUGCCGCCCUACGACUCAUUCCAGACGUACGCCUUCGAGGGAAACAGCUCGCCGGCCCUCUCUCUCAGCUCCAUCCACACCUUGUCCACCACAUCUGAUCAGGAUUUCUCCUACCUCAGCGACUGGGGGCCGCGCUUCAGGCAACUGGCGGGAUACUAUGCCCCGGGACAUCCUGAGGAAGACGGCUCCUAGCGUUGUCCUCGGCCCAGACCCUUUCUCCUUUUCCAUCCCCUGCACUGUAUCAAGAGCCCAGUGUCAAAACUGUCCUAAAAAGCACUCCUCCAACUCCUUCAGAGCAACAGAACUGAAUCCCAGUCAGUGUGAGUCGGAAAUCAAUUUGGUCAACAACAAAAAAUCUUAUUUCGAAACUUCAAGUUUGACUUUUUUUCAAAGAGAAACAUUGAGUUUUCACAUGGUUUGAAAAGUCAUGGUGAUAGGUGGGCUGAUGAGGGAUUAAAGGAGGUGUUAUCCAUUCACUAUUCCCUUUACAGUAAAGAACAAAGGAGUAAGACGUAAUACAAUAUAAGUGGUGCGCCACAGGUUACAAUACAAUUACAUUUUACAUUUGUUUCUGGGUAUUUUCUGUCUGGAGUCAAAGACUGGUCCAUUUUUAGCUUUGUGAGUGUGGAGGCUCUGAGGACAUUCAGAGAAAUGAACAUUAUGAAACUCAACAGGGGGUUAAUAUGUAUCUGUGAUAAAUAUGUAUUUAUUUAUGAACAAAUAUUAAUGUAUUUAUUCCUUUUGUAUUUAUGUAUUUAUUUUGUCCAUAAUCACCGCACCACUUGUAACAAUGGACAUCAAAUGAAGAAUGAUAUAGAAAUAUUUAUUAUGGUGAAAAAAACCUGAGGAGAGAAGAGCUUCUGUAUAAGCACGUAGCAGAGGACUUAACAAAGGUGAUAUUUGGGUCACAAACAACUACAGUCUUGGAAAUAUUUGUAUUUAUUUUUCAGGAACACUUUUGUAAAAUAGACAACACGACUGGAAGACGGAGCGCGACUAAAAAGAAAAGGGUCAGAGAACAAAGGAUGAGUCGAUUCAGUGCAAAGAUUGGUUUUGGUUUGAUAUGCUUUCAAUGUAUUGUAAAGAUUUGAGGUGUGAUGAAGGAUGUGGGACAUUAGGUGUUAACUGGGUUUUUGCUUGGCUUUUUCACCGCCAUUUAAAAGGCAAUAAGGCACAAUCCGCACAAGUGAUUCAAGACUAUACUGUAUGAAAUGACCGUGUUUUUUUCAUGGAGUUGGGUAUUUGUUCAUUCCAGAAUUUGUAUGUGUGUGUCCAACUUGUUUUCUAUUCCAGAAGAUUUGAUUACUUUUAUUUCACAGGGUGGAUGAAUAUGUGGGGUGACAGGUACAGAAAUAAGGGAUGAGUAGAUGGAAUUCCUCCACCCAGUAUCCAAAACCUAUUUAAUGUUGAUCUUAAACUUGCAAAUGUAUGGAAAAUAAAAUCAAUAAAAAAUGUAAUGAUUUGUUUUGUUAAAAGACUGAUGGCUUUUUCUCCACAUUGUAAAAACUGAG